AUGAAUGGUCAACCUCUCCCUAAGAAACGAGGUCAUACCACUACAACAUCCAGUGACAAUCUGAGAUCAGUUUCAAUGUCAAAUCGGAAUGUUAGUGGACGCACAACUCCCAGUAAUCAUAAUAGAAUUGUAUCUCAUCGAGUAUUAUCAUCUUCAAGACAUGUUAGUAGAUCACUUAAUAGUGUUGAAGAUUCAUUUAAUGAAGAUAGUGCUAUUCAUUUUAAUGAAAAUAAACAUACUAUCUUAUCUAAUUUUGAAGAAUGGAUUAAAAUGUCAACCGAUAAUAAAAUCACUUCGAAGAAUUCAUGGCAAUUUGCAUUAAUUGAUUAUUUUCAUGAUAUGAAUGUUAUAAAAGAUGGUGAUAAUAUUAAUUUCCAACGAGCUUCUGCCACUUUGGAUGGAUGUGUUAAAAUUUAUCUGAGUAGAGUUGAAUCAGCAGCUACUGAAACUGGGAAAUUAUUAAGUGGAUUAGCUAAAAAGAAAGAAUUAGAAGAAAUUGAUGAAGGUGAUGAAGAUGAUAAUGAAGAAGGUAAUGAAGAUGGUACUAAUAAACAAGGAGAGAAUGGAGAGAAAUCAAAUAACAAUGAUGAAGAUGAAUUUGAUGAGUAUGGUAGAAAGAAGAGAAAGUAUAAUCGAAUUGUUGAAUCAACUCUUGUAGAUUUUGAUGUUAUAAGAAUUAAAAAAUUAGAUCAAGAAUUGGCUAUAGAUCCUUUAUUUAAAAAGGCAUUGGCGGAGUUUGAUGAAGGAGGUGCCAAGAGUUUAUUAUUGAAUACUUUGAAUAUUGAUUCUUCGGGAAGAAUCGUAUUUGAUGCAACAUCGAAGCCACUUAAUGAAGAAGAAGACGAAGAAGACAAACAAGAAGACAAACAAGAAGUACCCGAACUCAUAAUAAACAAGGAAGAAAUUGAUAUUCUGAGUCUUGAUAAGUUUAUAUUCAAGAAUAGUGAACAGACUAAUUUAGAUAACCUCACCAUAUGUCCAUCAUUAGGAGAAUUUCAUUCAGCCAUUGAAGAUAUUUCUAAAGCCAAAUCAAUUCUUAGUGAUUUUAAUACUAAAAUAACUGCAGCUGCCGAACAAGAAGAUCCUUCCGAUUAUGGAGAUCAAUUAGAUUAUGAUGAUUUUGGAGGUCCAGAACCUGAAGAUGGAGAUUUAGAUGGAGGUAAUCUUGAUGGAGAUUCAGGAUCUAAUAUAACUGAUGAUCCAUUAAAUCAUAUUAAUCAUAGUAUAAUGCAUCGAUUAUUUAGUGAAUCAGAAUUACAUUUAGAACCAGCUAUAACGGCAGCUACAAGUACAGAUUUACUUGAUAAAGAUCUUAUGGCAUACUUUGAUGAAAGAAUGAAAACUAAUUGGCGAGGUCCUGAACAUUGGAAAGUAGCAGCAUUAAAACGUAUAUCAAAAAUUGAUACAUCAGAAAAUCGAGCAGAACAAGCCAUAACUGGAGGACAAAAACGAAUUAAACUGAAUCAAAUUAUUGUAGAUUUCUUUGGAGAUGAACCUGAUGAAGAUUUAUUAUUUGCAUCUCCGAAAUUCUUAGUAUCAAUUCAAAAAAAAACUGAUUCUUUAUCAUCAUCAGAAGAUAAUAAACUUCCAGAUGAUAUUAAAUAUAAUUCAGCAAGAUUAACUAAUUUAUUUACAAAACCAGAAAUGUCUAUAGUAUACUUUCCUAAAAAGAAAGUUAAUGGAGAUAAUACUCAAUUUACUGAUGAGAAUUUCUUUGCUGAACAAUAUAAUAAGAAAGCUGAAGAAGAACAAGAACAAGAACAAGAAAGAUUAGCACAAUCAUUUCAUCAAGCAGAAUAUGAUGAUUAUAAUUUUGAUAAUUUUGAUAAUGGAGAUGAUUUUGGAGGUAUAGAUUUUAAUGAUGUAUUACAAGGAGAGAAUAUACUUGAAAAUGAUAAUAAUUCUAAUAAAGAUGAUAUAGCUUCUGAACAAAUUAUGGGAAGAAAACGUCCAGAAUAUGUUACAUUCUCUCGAGUAGCUAAACGAGUAGAUGUUAAAGCUUUAAAGGAUAAUAUUUGGAAUACUAUCAAGAAAGAAGAACCAGAACCAGAACCAAAACCUGAGACAGUGGCAGAGACAGAGACAGAACCACCACAAAAUACUAAACAUUUUGGAGAGUUGGUUAAUUCUGUCGCAUAUCUCUAUGGUCCUGAACAGAGAAAGGAUUUAUCUACUAGUUUCUAUUUCAUUUGUCUUUUACAUUUAGCCAAUGAACAUGGGCUAACUAUCAAUUCUAAUGAAGCCCACGAUGAUUUGGACAUUGUGGGUUUCUAA